UCUUAAACUUAUGAAUUUCUAUGCUCUUGGUUUUGAAGAUCAAAAUGAUUUAGGUAUUUUUUAAUUUAAAUUAUCAAGCUUUGGAAGGACAAGAACAGAUUUAAGUUAAUUAAGAACAGGACUAUGAAUUUGAUUAAAGCUCUAACAUAUAAAUUGAUAAAAAUAAUACUUUCGAUGGUUAUUUAUAAGAAGAACCAGUUUUAUUGUUUAAUGUUGAGGAAGAAUCUCCAAAAAAAAAAUAAAAAUAAAUCGUUAGAAAAUCCAAAAAAAUAAGAAAAUCAGAUACCGAAACAGAAGUCUAGUCUUAAAAAAAAUUGUCUAAAUUUAAAAUGAAUAAUGAUAUUGCAAAACUCUAAUAAUGCCAAAUGUUAAAAACUAUUAUUUCUUAAAUGGAGACAAUUCUUUAAAAUACUAGAACAUAAAUUCUAAAUUAGAUAAUGAAAUAGUAGCAGAUCCAAUAAUGAC